GUAAGCCCACUCCGGCUAUACUUUUGGUUUCAUUGGGCUGCAAACUGUUUCAGACACGUUUAGUGGGACAUACCGGGCUGCACCUGUUUUAUAUAAUGGAUAUCUUCCUUCAGGCUUUCUUCUUGUGGCUUGUCACCUGCACAGGGUCUCUCUCUGCACAGUCUAGGAUCUACGUAUCUGUUACAGCUGGUUCCUCAGCUGUUCUUCCAUGUGAUUUUAGGAAUAAAACACAGUCGUCUGGUGAAAGACCCCACACUGAGUGGCGCACUGUGUCUGAAACUGUGUUUGAGCGACAGGGUGGGGAUCAGUAUGAGGGUGAGGGGUAUGAACAUCGUGUGGAUGUUCCUGAAGAUAAGCUGGUCAGUGGGGAUUGUUCCCUGGUGUUGAAGGAUGUCAGACUAAAUGAUUCAGGUCCAUAUGAGAGCUACCUGCUGGAGAGACGAAGGAGGAGGUCCCUCCACUCUAAACGGGUUUUCAUCCAGGCUGUGGAGCUCUCAGUGGAGGAAUCGCCUAAAGAGAUUUAUGAAAAUGUCGCAGAAACACGAAUAAUUGAAGAGAUUUCCAAUUUAAGGCGAGCUGUAAUAGCUGUGUCAAGUAAUGCAGGAAUGAUCCAGACUUCCUCACAGAUCACAGUGUUCAUCCUCCUUACAAACAUCUUCUGUCAUAGCAUCUGAAGAAAUACAAAGCAUGGAUGCUUUUAUAGAAAUGCUGUCUGAUUCUUCCUGUUCUGUUACAAGUUCAAUGUAACCUUUAAUGCCUUUGAAUUAGUGUAGAGCCCCACCUUGUGGUGUAUCGUAGAAUCUGUCUAUGCUUCUGUUUCCUGUUAAAACUGAGGUUAUACAGGAAGUGAAUUGCUAUAACACAUGGAGAGGAGGCAGCCAGUACUAGUUCAUGUGCUUCAAUCUGCUUUCAUCCUGCUCUUUGAUGGCAUUCUCUAAUCUACAAUGAUUCCAGCGACGAUGAUCAAGAACUUCAUCUUUUGGAGUUUCCUCCUGUGUUUUUUCACCAGUGCUGACUGUCCCACAUCAUCUCUGUCCGUGUCUGCUCGAGUGGGCUCCUCCGCUGUCCUGCCUUGUGACAGGAAAAGCACAUCCUGCAAUUCACCAUCUCCGCAAGAAUCACUCAUCGGGUGGAAUAUUUUAUCUGAGUUUGUGUUUGAGAGAGACGGCACACGCACAGAUCAGGGAGAGCGAUAUAAAGGCCGUGUGGACAUCCCUGAAGAUGAGCUGCGCAAUGGAAACUGUUCACUGGUGUUGAAGGACGUGAGAAAGUCAGAUGAAGGAAACUAUCAGAGCCAAAUGAUCUGCAGAAACCAGUGGUUAGAUAUUCAGGGAGUCAGGUUGUUAGUAGAAGAAUUAGCUGAACAGAAUUCCAAUGAACCACAAAGUAAAUCAAGUGAUGCAGGAGUGAACCGCCCUUUUCCAGGGAUUGUAGCACUUGUCCUCCUGUCAGUCUUAGUCUUCCACCAGUCUUACUAUUCUACAAAAAUGAUGAUCAAGAAGAUCUUCCUUCAGCUUUCCCUCAUCUGGGCCAUCAUCCCUACCGUCUCUGCAAAGCCUCAGAUCAACAUAUCUGCUAAAGUGGGUUCCUUGGUGCUUCUGCCGUGUGAUUUUUCCAGCAAACUGUCAUCCAUCCAAAAGCCACACAUCGAGUGGAGCAUCUCUUCUGAGACAGUGUUUGAGCGAGGGGGUAAUGAGUCCUUUCAGGGUUACAGCUAUGAAGACCGUGUGGAUGUUCCUGAAGAUAAGCUGAGUCAUGGAAAUGGUUCCCUGGUGUUGAAGGAUGUCAGACAUGCAGAUGAAAGAAUUUAUAAAUGCAAACUUAAGAUGAAAACAGGCCGCCAAAAUAAAUGGGUUUUCAUUCAGGCUGUCAGCCUCUCAGUUGAAGAAUUUUCAGCUCCCCCAGAACCAACUAAGGAGAGUCUCCAUUUGAGGAAUGCUGGGGUGAACUGUCCUUCUCCAUGGAUUCUAGCACUUUGUCUCCUCUCAUACUUCCUCUUCCAUAGAACCUUUGGAUGUUGAGGUGCAUCUUUAAGGAGCAACACUACUGUGAACUGAAGGGAUAAGAUGUCUAGAGCUCCUGGAAGACUGAAGACUUUUUUGGCAGAUGUUGACAAAAUGGACAACAUCUACGGGGCAAUACUCAAGAGCAGCUUUAGCCACCUGCUAAUUCUCCCAGGUUGCCAUGGGAGCUCCUCUGCCAGCUACUAUUAGCUCCUCAAUGCUUCUGUCCAGGGUGUUACCUCAUGACUUGUCUCUCAGAGUGGACAGUAGGACAAAAUUUUCCUGACAAAUAUGAAGUCACUUAUCAUACAUGGGACUCUUUGCUCAUAUUUUAGCUAAAUGGUUUUAUUUAUUUAUUUAUUUUUUUAAAACACUUUAAUGUUUAAUGUUGUAGUUUACAUCAUAUAGUCAAAGGUCUAAUUUUCAGUUGCAGUCCCUGGUCAGGUUGAUGAUAUGAAGUUUAAACAAUGCACCUUAAUUAGGCAAAAAAAGACCAUUAAGGACUUUAAAAUUUAUACUAUGUUUGAGAAUUUAACAGGAUUUACCCAUCUUAAGAAAACAAACUUACAGUGAUGAUGUUGAUUUGACUUUUUAUCUGACUUUUAAGGCUUGUUUACACACUAUCUCAGUCACCUCAAGAACAGUCUUGUAUCCAGCUUGUUUGAUGAUAAGUAAUAUGACAAAAGAUCAUGACAUUCAUAAACAAUUUUGCUGCUUGGA